AUGGGAUUUGAGAAAGCUGGCACUGAAAGGAUGCUGCAACUAGCAGAACUGGAGACCCUUCGACUCAAAGCUUAUGACGACUCUAGACUAUACAAAGAGAGGGUGAAGGCUGUGCAGGACAAGCAUGUCAAAAGAAAAGAGUUCAGACCUGGGGAGUUAGUUCUCCUUUACAACUCCAAACUGAGGCUCAUACCAGGCAAGCUAAGAUCUAGAUGGGAAGGUCCCUAUAGAGUGAAAAAGGCAGAGCCAUACGGAGUCUUCCACCUGAGUCAUCCUUCAAGCUCCAAAUUCAUCAAGGUCAAUGGACAUCGCUUGAAGCUGUAUCAUGGUGAGAAAAUGAAGAACCAUAAAGAGCAAGAGGUCUUCCUCCUGGAAGAUCCACCAUCAGCAGACGAAUGA